GAAUUUUCAUUUCAAAAUAUAGAAAAUGAUGAUGAUUAGUCCAAGAAAACUCAUCCAGAUGGCAAGGAAAUGGCAGAGGGAGGCAGCCCUUGGAAGGAAACGUAUAUCUAUCCCAAGAAAAGUCGAGGAAGUUGGGACAAGUGACCAGUCCGACUCCUUAGAGCUGGCGGAGAAGGGCCAUUUUGUAAUGUACACAACUGAUAAAGUGCGAUUUGUCUUCCCCAUAGCUUAUCUCAACAGCUUAAUUUUCAGGGAGCUAUUCAGACUCUCUGAAGAAGAAUUUGGACUGCCAGGCGAUGGAUCAAUCACGUUGCCUUGUGAUUCACAAUUCAUGGUAUAUGUGAAUUCUUUGAUGCAGAAGAAGGCAGCCAAAGAUGUGGAGAAAGCUUUGAUCUUGUCAAUUGCUGCAUCUAGAUGUUCAUCAUCUCACUAUUUACAUCAACAGCAAACAAUCCAGCAUAUGCCACUAUGUGGCUGCUGAGAUUAUGUAAACCAAAGUUUUGUGAAGUAUCGAAUGAUUCAUAUUUUUGCCUUGUAUAAAUUCAAAUAACGAUGGCCAAGCAUGUAUGAUUUAUUGCACCA